AUGUCUGGCAAGGCGCACAAGAGAAUAUUGGAGCUACAUGAGAAGUAUGGAGAUACAGUUCGAAUUGCCCCGAACGAGCUCAUAUUCUGUUACCCGGAAGCAUUCAACGAUAUAAUGGGCCACCGGAAGCAAGGCGAGGAAGAAAACGGCAAAGAUCAAGAUUUCUGGAAGGAAGACUCGAUUACGCUGACCGGGUCCAAUGGCCAGAACCAUCGCCGCGUUCGACGAAUUCUCUCCCAUGCGUUCUCAGCCAAGGCCAUGGCAGAACAAGAGCCUCUCAUUAAGGAAUACGUCGAGUUGCUGAUAGAGAAACUGAAGAUAGCUGUGGCCGGAGACGAAUCACAGGAAAUGACUAGUUGGUACAACUGGACAACAUUCGACAUCAUCGGCGAUCUGGCCUAUGCCGACCCAUUCGGCUGCUUGCAGACAUCUUCCUACCACCCCUGGGUGAAACUCAUUUUCAAGCACAUCAAGGGGCUCGCAAUCAACAACAGCGUGGCUAAAUUUCCCUUUGCUCAGAGUCUCCUCAAGCUAAUGAUGCCUAAAGAGGUGGCGAAAGAUAUCCGCGCCCACCAUGAGUUCAACCAGGUAAAGGUCGCGAAGCGUCUCAGCCUCAAAGGUCCGAGGCCUGAUUUCAUGCAGUCAAUGAUAACUGCCCGGGAGAAGAAUCUCAUCUCACAGGAGGAGAUUGUCGCCAACUCCCAUCUAUUGAUCGUGGGUGGCUCUGAGACCACCGCGACUGUGUUGUCAGGUGCCACCUAUCUGCUAGCAUGUCACAAGGAAGUACGAGAGAGGUUGCAUCAAGAAAUCAAAACGAGAUUCGCCAAUCAGGAUGAGAUUGACCUCCUCAGCGUCCAGACGCUGGACUAUAUGAUGGCAGUCUUGAAGGAAGUCAUGCGUAUUUAUCCGGCUGUGCCCUCCGCUAUCCCCCGCAUAACCCCCCCUCGAGGAACGACAAUCCGAGGAGAAUACGUACCUGGUAAUACUGUGCUGGGAAUCUGGCCUUGGCCAAUGUUUCACCACCCGAAGCAUUUUGCAGAACCCGAAAUUUUCGCUCCUGAAAGAUGGCUCGGCGAUCAAAAAUUUGAGCACGACAAACGGAUGGCGCUCCAGCCAUUCUCCGUCGGAGCUCGAGAUUGUAUUGGUAAAAAUCUUGCGUAUGCGGAAAUGCGUCUUAUUCUGGCGAAGAUGGUCUGGAACUUUGAAAUGGAGCUUGACCCUCGCAGUGAAAAAUGGUUGGAGAGAAAUGUUAUGUCGUUCCUCUGGGACAAACCACCACUCCAUAUUCGCCUUACUCCACGGAAUGCGGCCUAG